UUCACUGCAUGGGCAUCAUCCGUCGAGACAUCAAAGCUUAAAAUAUCUUGAUCGAUAUACGAGAGAAGUGGCAUUAUUCGUCGGACGUGACGGGAACUAUCCAGUGUAUGGCGCCCGAAAUGCUACACAACAGGAAAAAUCCACGACCUACGAAAUAUGGAAUCACCGUAGAUUGGUGGUCUUUUGGGUGCGUUCUUUAUGAGCUUGUCUCUCCUAGCCAUCAGCCACUCUUUGCCACGGAGAAGGCCACAAUCGAUUAUGUUACUUGGCACUGCAAACUGUCUAACACGGUCAAGUUGUUCCCCGCAUUUGAGCGACUUAAUUCAUCUGUCGCUAGUUUGGUUGCAGGGACCUUUAGCCCUGAUGUGAUAUGGGUUUGAAGAUCUCACGAUGCACCCAUGGUUUGAGAAUAAUGACAUGUCAGAAUUUCAUGACGCGCACGAUCGUGCUCUUCGGGGUGUCGAAUGGCCACA